AUGUCUGGGACAACUGACCAGUCACCCUCCUAUGACGAGGAACCACAACUACAUCACCAUAUCAGUAGUGACAAAGACCACGAGCCUGAAAAUACACCCGAAAACAUGUCUACAAAUAACCCAGCACCCGAUGGCGGGAUCCGCGCUUGGUUCGUCGCCGGCGGCGCUGCAUCGAUAUUCCUGUGCACUCUCGGCCUCGCAAACUCGUUUGGCACAUUCGAACAGUACUACCUGAGUCAUCAACUGAAGGGGGAUUCGGCGUCCAAGAUAUCCUGGAUUGGGUCACUGCAGUCCUUUCUCCAGUUCUUUGCCGGUAUGCUUGGUGGUCCGCUGUUCGACCGAUAUGGCUCCAUGGUCAUCUACCCUUCAUCGGUGGCAUACGUGUUCGCUCUCAUAAUGCUGAGUUUGUGCAAAACAUACUGGGACACGAUGUUGGUGCAGGGCGUCCUGAUGGGCAUCGUCAUGGGGUUUCUGCAGAUCCCAGCAUUCGCUGCCGUGUCGCAGUACUUUGACAGAAAACGUGCAGCAGCCUUGGGCCUUGCCGUGUCCGGUUCGUCGAUCGGCGGGAUCAUCUUACCGAUCAUUUUGUCCAAGAUGCUCAACGACUCGUCGCUCGGUUUUGCAUGGACAGUCCGCAUCGUGGGUUUCAUCAUCCUGCCGUUCAUGGCGUUUGCGAGUUUAGCCGUCAAGCCGCGCCUGCCGCCUCGCAAGACUCGACUCUUCCUCCUAUCUCCCUACAAGGACAUACGCUUCAUCAUGCUCCUCAUUUCCCUGUUCUUCAUGUUCUUCGGCAUGUUCACUCCCUUCUUCUACCUCACGACAUACGCCACCACACGAGGCAUGGACGCCGCGCUGGCCGGGUACCUCCUCGCCAUCGUCAACGCAACAUCGACCCUCGGCCGGAUCAUCCCAGGGAUCCUCGCAGACAAGUACGGCCGCCUCAACACAUUCGCUCUCGGCGGCGUCGCCACGGGAAUCAUUGAUGUCGGCACCUAUAUGGGCAUGGGCAUGGCUGUGGCCGGCCUGGGGGCGCUGAUCGGCCCGCCUAUUAACGGGGCCAUCUUUGAUGCAUCGGGAGGGUUCUUUCAGGUCUGUAUGUUCAGCGGUGCCAUGGCGGUUGUGGGGGGAUUAGUCGCGUUUGCGGGCAAGUCUUUGACUAGCGAGGGUCUCCUGGGGUGGGUUUGA